GCCACGCAUUCUUGGAGAUAGUUUGUCAGCUACAAACGUGUACAAGCAAUUGAAAAGUCUUACUUUUUCUGUAACUACAAAACGUUUCUGAUAUCAUUUCUAAAUAUUAUAUAUAUUUGUGAUAGUUUUUCGUAAAACUUUUUAUUCAUAUAAUAAAAUAAAGAUGUUAGAGAGAAGAUAUGUUAUUCAUAUUUCCAUAUAAUUAUUUACAUAAAAAAAACAUUUGUAUAGAAUUUUUGAACGUCUCUGUGCAAUUAUAAAGCAGUUCGACAGGACGACUGCAAUAAAGUGUGUUGUCCGACAUUUCUAAAGAGAUUCUAGUUACCAAUUUAUUGGGCUUGGUAAUUGGAAACUCUUUAGUCUAUUGUCCUGUAAAUAGAAAGGUUUCCGAUAACAUUUCAACUUAUUAUAUAUAUUUGUGACAGUUUAUCGAAACAUUUUCAUGUAUAUUAUGCAAUAAAUAUUUUAGUAGAAAAAUAUAUUUUAGUUAUAUUUUUUUUACAUUUAUUUACGUAUCAAAGCAUUUAUAUAGAACCUUUGAACAUCUGCAAGUAAUUAGUAAUUCUCAGAUGGGGAACCAGCAAUAAAAUAGUUGAUUGGAAAUGUUUAUUGUCCUGUAUGUACAAAGGUUUCCGAAAAUGGAGUUCUCAAUUGUUACCAUUUAUGACUGCAAUAAAAGAUGUCAGAUGAUGGUUCUUAGAAUUUCUGACCCUUUGUUCUUCUUUGAACAAUUCUGUAAUUUUUCUCACUCAUAGUUCUGCUCUUGAGUUGUUCGGUCUGCUUAUUUUGUGUUGAAAAUUUUGAAAUAUUUUUGUGUGCUUUUUUCACUCGUGUUGUUGCUACUUAUCAAGUAAGUUACUUAUCAUUAUAAUACUUUAGGAAAAUAGUUUUCUCGUGCAUAAUAUAAAAGAACGGAUUUUAGAUAAUUUAUUUUGUUGGCAGAAUGUCUUCUGAUUCGGAUAACGAAUAUAUCCCAGGAUCAUCAAGUGAGUCUGAGGGAAGUUGGUCUAGUGCAGUUAGUGGGCUGACGGGAUCGGAUGUAAGCGAUCAGGAAAUAGAUGUGGCAUCCACAUCAAGUACAAAAAGCUGGUGUCCAAUAGAUAUGAACAAUCUACCUUCGGCUCCUCCGCGUUUUCCUUUUGUGGGAAAUCCCGGAAUGACAGUAAACGUUGGGAAUACGUUUGACCCUUUGGAAUAUUUCCAAUUGUUUUUUGAUAUAAAUAUGAUCAAUAAUAUUGUGGAUGAAACAAAUAGAUUCCAUUCUCAACGGCCACAAACAUCACGCAGUAACUGGACACCACUUACUGGAGAAGAAUUUUUUGUGUUCAUUAGUAUAUGUAUAUUACAAGGUAUUAUAAAAAAACCCGAGGAGAGGAUGUAUUGGACAAAAGACGCCAAAUUACACACCCCAUUUUUUGGCAGAGUAAUUUCGAGAAAUAGAUUUAGAAAUAUAAAAAAAAAUUUACAUUUCAUAAGUAAUGACAGUUAUAACCCAGACACACACCCCAAUCCUAAACUGCACAAAAUUUGGCCGAUAAUUGUAGACCUAAAUUCAAAAUUUUCGCGAUUUUAUAUACCGGAAAGAGACAUAUCCAUCGAUGAGAGUUUGUUGCUAUACAAGGGUCGUCUUUCGUGGAAACAAUUCAUUCCUCAGAAACGGUCUCGUUUCGGUGUGAAAUUUUAUAAUUUAUGUGAAUCCUCAUCAGGAUAUUUAUAUAAAUUUCUAAUUUAUACCGGCAAGUCAACUACAUUGGAUGAUAAGUAUAAAAAUAUGCCAGUCAGUUCACUGAUUGUGCUAACGUUAAUUGAUUCGUUGUUAGAUAAGGGCUAUUGUCUAACAACAGAUAGAUUUUACUCUUCCCCACAGUUGGCGGAUUAUCUUGUCACGUGCAAAACGGAUUUUUAUGGAACCGUACGCACAAUAAGACGAGAGAUUCCGCCAGUAAUCCAUAGGCAAAAAUUGAAAAAGGGAGAAACAAUUGCUUUCCAGAGAGGUAAGCUAAUGGUUAUGAAAUGGCAGGACAAGCGAAGUGUAGCUUUACUGUCUACAGUCCACAAUCCUGCCAUGGUAACCACACGAACACAUGCCGGUAAGUCUGUUGUAAAGCCACAGGUCAUUGUCGACUACAACGACACAAUGGGGGGUGUUGACCUGUUAGAUCAACAUCUCCAUGACUAUGCAGUGGCGAGAAAAGGUGGGAAGAAUUACUAUAGAAAAAUAUUUUUUCAUUUAGUAGAUUUUUGUAUAUAUGAUUCUUUUGUGAUGUACAAGAAAAAUGGUGGCCAAAAAACAAAUUUACAAUUUCGACUGACUCUUAUUGAUAGACUAAUAGAAACAUAUCACACCGAAACGAGGGUAACACACCAAAGUCGGCUGAGAACNCCACGCCCCACGUUGGGAAACACUGGUUUGUGGCUAGUGUGA